UUACUUAAUGAGUAGUCCAGAGGGGGUGAUUGAAUAUAUCAAUUGUGUUCAUUUACACGAAAGCAAAUCAGCUCAACGCUAUAUGAGUCAGUAAUUGUAAACAUUUAUCUUUUGUUUGAAAGGUCAUUAGGAUAUGAAGUAGUUACCCUAGGUACCUAACGUACCUAACGUAUUUAAAGCAAGCCACUGCGAUCCCAACUGCUAGAAGGUGUUUCCUUUCGUUAGGUAGUUCAAAGUUUCCCUUAAUAAACCCCAAGAUCAAACUAUUUCCUCAAUAUACCUACAACCUAAAGCAGAUACGCUGAUUAAUGUGUACUUGGGCACGUAAAUCAUUAUCUUCUCUGAUUUACCUACUAUAACCAAGAGCGAGUCGCAUCUAUCAUCAUGGACCACGUAGACAAGCGUCUUGAAUCAUCCCUUCCAUACCCCUUAGAAUCGACAAUCCCAGCAAGCCCCGAUCUGAAGCCAAAAGGAUCAGCAAAACCAGUCGAGCAUAAGAAAUACCCUGCGAAACUGACACGCAAGCAUAUCAGCACACCCGAUGACCCUUACGCAUUCCUAAAGCAUUUCGACACCAUCUUCCUUAUCGACGACUCCAAGUCGAUGGAAAAGCACUGGGGCGAAGUCGGCAUGCUGCUUGAGAAGAUUGCGCCGAUAUGCACAGAGCGCGAUCCAAACGGCGUAGAUAUCUACUUUGUGAACCACCGCCCGCGCGGUUACCUCAUGUAUGCAGCUCUCGGAUUCGAUGCAGACCGCUCCGGGUACCUACACAUUGGGCAGUCAGUCGGAGUGCCACAGAUGCGUGACAACGUGGCGGGAAUUUUCGGCAGCAUUAAGAAAUUUGGAAGCCACUGCCGCCUCGAUCAUCGGCUUAGCUAUAUACUUGACCAAUAUGUACAUGAAUAUGAACGAAGCCGCCGAGGCAGGGGUACCGGGUCGGGCAAUACCGUUAGGCCGCUCAAUCUUAUUGUGAUCACCGCCGGCGUGACGGAUGAUAAUCCGUACGGCACGCUGAUUCGAACGGCACGGAAGCUGGAUGUAUUAGGCGCGCCACCGUAUCAGGUCGGUGUGCAGUUCUUUCGCGUAGGCGACGAUGAAGGUGCACGCCAAGCAUUGGACUUCGCAGACGACGGAUUGAGUGACGCAUUUGAUAUCAGAGACAUCGUUGAUACAACGACAUGGGGUGGAAAGAUAGGUGCUUUAUCACCCGAUGCCCUGUUAAAAGUCGUACUGGGAGCUGUGGAGAGGUCUAUUGACAAACAGAAUGAGUAGCGUCUAAUAUGUCCAAGCUACGUAUCCUAAAAUCUAGGGUAUCUAACAUAGUUUCGUAAGCUCUCUUUCGCUGGGAAAGAGUACGAGAUGU